GGGCGUUUUUCUGAUUGCAGAAAGCAGCCAUCUGUACUGUGUAAUAAGAUCUGUAGCGUUAGGCCCCAAAAACAGGAUUUUUCAUUUUGGGUUCAUUCAAGUAAUAACAUGCCAAAGAAAAAGACUGGUGCUCGCAAAAAGGCCGAGAAACAGAGGGAGCGGCAGAAAGGAAUCCGUGCAGGCAAUGACCUGAAAAGCAUUGUAGAUUGGCCAUGCAAUUUUACCAUGGAGUGUGAUAAGUGUAAAAGGCGACAGAAGAACAGGGCUUUUUGUUACUUUUGUCAGGCAGUACAAAAACUACCAGUUUGCGCCCAUUGUGGUAAAACUAAGUGCAUGCAGAAGUCUGGAGAUUGUGUUGUAAAACAUCCAGGAAACUUUGCUGUUGGCAUGGCAAUGGUGGGUGCUAUAUGUGAUUUCUGCGAAGCAUUUGUCUGCCACGGUCGUAAAUGUCUGACCACUCACGCUUGUGAAUGUCCGAUUGCAGAUGCCGAGUGCAUUGAAUGCGAGCGUGGAGUCUGGAACCAUGGUGGUAGGAUAUUCAAAUGUUCUUUCUGUAGUGAACACCUGUGUGAAGAUGAUCAGUUUGAGCAUCAGGCUAGCUGCCAGGUCCUUGAUGCUGAAUCAUAUAAAUGCUUAUCAUGUAAUAAACUUGGCCAGUAUUCUUGUUUAAGGUGUAAGAUUUGUUUUUGCGAAGAUCACAUUAGGCGGAAGGGGUUUAAGUAUGAAAAAACUGUUGCCAUUCCAUGUCCUAAAUGCGGUUACGAUACCAAAGAGACAAAGAAUCUGUGCAUGUCAACUCGUAAAAUUGAUUUUGGUCGUCAACAAGCAAGCGGUUACGGAGAUGAUGAUGAUGGUUAUGGAGAUGAUGACUAUUACUCUUACGGUGCAUCAUAUGGAGGUGGGCAAGGCUAUAGUUAUGGAAAUGGGAAUAAUUAUGAUGAUGCGGAUGAAGACGAUGAGGAUAAUGAAGAAGAAGAAGAGGAGGAGGAGGAUGAAGAGGAUGAUGAAUUAUCUAAUCCACUGUCAACCUUAGAUAUUGGUCCAACAUACGCAUCAUCCAAGGCAGAAUACAAAUGAAGAUGGUAAGGAUGAGGAAGAGGACAAUACCAAAUGGUAGAUAAAGAGGAGAAGAACACAAAGUUAAUAGAAUAUAUAAUCCAAUAACAACAUUAGAUAUUGGUCUAACAUAUGCAUCGUCAAUGCACUAUACACAAGAUGAUAAGAAUGAUGAUGAUGAGAUAGAUAGUACUGAAUGAAGAGGAGAAACAAAAGAUAUAAUUUUGGAUGUUGCUCAAUGUAUUGAUACAUUUUCCACGCCCCAGUACAAAUUUGAAAAUGAUAAAUGUUUGCUAACAUUAAAAAAAAUAUUCAUUUAUUUUAUAUAAUUAAUAACAAAUAUUAUAUUCCUUGUGAAUUGGCAUACACCCUCUGAUGAGCUGUCUGCUACAAUAAGUUAUUGCACAGUCAAAAUGAACAUGUAUGGAGUUUUUUGUGUAGUCUAACACAGGAUAAAUCCGGAAAGAGCCAUUUACGGUUCUUAUUUUCUCCAUGCUCGAACAGGUGUUAAACUCGAACCUCCUACUGAUAUCCGCCGAUAAUCCAACGCUGCAAAUUGCAGUGUUUUGGUGGAGCAAAACUGACCUAUUUGCGCAUGCGUUAGCAGCAGGAAGCAUUUUUGUUUAAUCCCUUUCUGAUUGUUCCUAAUUUGUUUUGGCACACGCCAGAAGUAAACUUUGUUUACAUUUUACUGGUUUCUGCUUCUUUUACAGUUCAUUUCAGAAAACAAAACUGAUAAAAAAAAAUUAUUUCAAUGGAGGGCUAGCCUAGAAUCCAGAUUGUUACCUUAUUACGUCCGUACGUCGCAUGCAUACUUGAUCACUGUUUAUUAUGGUAGUAAUUUGCUGUUUUUAAACUAAGAAGGUAUAAAGUUUAAACUACCAUUGUGAAAGAAUGAAAGUUUAUUCAUGGUUUAUACGCCCACAAUAUGCACAUCUGCAAUUUAUUGGGAAUUUGCCAUGUAUGCUGCAUGAAUGAAGCUGCUUAUUGUUGUAGCUUCUUCUGUCAUUUCAUCACUUGAUUUUGAGUCUCCGUUGAUGCCGCCUUCUAUUCCAAUUAAAUAUCCUGCCAUUUCCAGGAUAUGUGCCUGGAUACAUACCAACGCUGUGACUAUUGCCGUUAUUACAAAUUUACCUUUUUAAAAUGGCCAAUAAUAAAUGUGUCAAUUAUAGCAAACGAUGUUAUUUUGUUAUUUUUGACUACUGUUAUUAAUGAUCACUUGUGAAAUGAGGCACAGAUUAUAUCUAGAGAGAUGAAAACAGAAAAAUAGAAAUCAUUGGAUAGAAACUCUAUUAACCUUAAGAUUUACAUCCGAGGUUAGUGGUUCUUUUAAAGCAUAAAUCAUGCGCGAACAGGUAGACCACCCGCGGAUAUAAUACCGGUAAGAACCCGUCAUAAAUUUUUCACAUUUUCGCCCAAAGCACCCUAUUUAAAUAAUCAUGAAUAUUUAACAGCAACAGUUGGUUAUUAUUUUCACUCUGGUACAUGAUGAACAUGUUACUUCAUUUUAGUGAUAAAUGUUUUAUGGACAAAAUUGUAGGUAGUAAUAGGCCUAUUUUAUUUGUGCAUAAUCUUGCCUAAGCAGCAUUAUAAUAUAAUAACAAUAUACGUUUAUUUAUUCUUCUAUACUGUGAAUAAACAUUGAAGA